CUAAUUAGCGUGUACAUGUAAAUCUUUUAUCAAAGUAAAUUUUAUGUCUUAUGUUGAAAUGAUGCAAGUCAUCGUUGCAUUAUGUUUUCUUCUGCUUUGUUUAUUUUCUUUGUCUCAACAGUGUGGAUGUCCAGCACAGUUUACACAGCAAAUAUUUUGCAAUUCACAAUUAGUCGUCAAAGCUAGAAUUGAAUCAUCUACAUCAGACCGUUCAUAUACCUUUUAUGAAAUAUCUGUAUUAAAAUUUUAUGACGGUGAAGAUGAAUAUAAAAGACUGUCCAAUAAAACUACACUUUGGACGCCAAAAGAAAGUGCCGCUUGUGGUCCAGUAGUUUUCGAAACUGGAUCCAAAUAUAUUCUUACAGUUAGUGUGUACGACGGAAUAAUGAGCCAUAACCUCUGUGGACUCCAAGUCAAAUUCCUCCACGCAAGUAAGACAUUGCUCGGCGGUUUAUCUGGUGAAUACAAGAAAAACUGCCAAUGUAAGAUACCUUAUAAAUUCAAAAAGACAAACGGCAGACAAAAUAAAAAUCAGUGUGGUAAACCUCCAGUAAAAUGUAGCAGAGAAACAGUUUGUGCCACGGAUUCAAUUGGACAGUGCAGUUGGCAGAGUUGUUAAAACCAAAGUGAAUCCGAAAACUAAGUUAAAUAUUUGAAUGUGCAUGCAAUCAACUAGAAAUUAUAUCAUUAUAGAUGUUUCAAGUUAAAAAUAUAUCAAAUGCAUUCUUUAAUUCUUUAAAAU